GUUCGGAUUAUUUGAAUAAAGAAUUUUGUGAUCUUGCAACUUUUUGUACUGGAUUCUUGAGAAAUAUAUAUUCAAAUAUUUUUCAAAUAAUUGUACAUAGACCAUUAUAAAAUACCAUUUUUACUAUUCAAAUAUUUUCAUGUCUACUUUAGCUAGACGUAAUGGAAUAUUAACCACCACCAACGAUAUAAAGCGGGAACAGGUUUGUUGUUUGUUUAUCAUUAUUCAAAGAGUGUUGUUCUAAAGCGUUUUUUAAUCGUUAUUUACAUUUAACAGUCCCUUUCGUACAUAGUUAUUUAAAAUGAAACCACAAAAGAACAUUAUUAUUACGGUGGCACCUCAGCAGGAUCAGGAAAAUGUAAAAGAUACACGAAAAACUUUUAAGGAUUUACAAAGAAAUGCUACUGAUAAAGAAAAUUUAAUAGGCAGAUCAUCAACGGCAAAGGAUAUCAAAGUAUUUAGUGACUCCGGCAAAGUAGAGCCAAAGAAAAAGAAAUUGCAAAUGAUUAGCAAAAGCACACAAACAGGACAAAGUUAUGUAACGGCAGAUGAUCUGAUUUCUGAGGAGCCCAGUGUAGAUUACUGGAAAAAACUUGCUGAAACCAGAGGCCAAUCUUUAGAUGAUAGUUUACACGAAAUCGAGAAACUCAAGGACAACGUUCAUGCUUUAAAGGAAGAAAACAAAAUUUGCAAAGAAAUGUUGGAAGAAUCUAAAACUUUAGUCGAAGUUCUUCAGGAAAUGCUUAGUGAAUCUGAAGGAGGAGAAUCCCAAGACAAUAAUUCUAGUAUUGAACAGGAAACUGAAGUUUAAAUUUGAUUAGUAUAUUAUAUUUAUAUGUAUAUUGUAAGAAAUAUAGUUAGACUGCAUCACUUGCUUGUGAAGCAAAAUAGAUUUUAAGCAUUUUAUAAUUAGGUAGGUAUGUCUUAUGUAGCUUUUGGUAAUAUAAAUUUUUGUAUAA